AGCUAGCCCAUCCAAUAACGUCCAUGACAAAUAUUGAUAGGAAACCAACCGCUUGUCAAAUCGAUACCGCGUAUUAGCUUAUCGAUUAUGUACCUCCCCAGCCAGGUGGAGAACACCAUGCCUUGAAACGACUCUUGGGAGGGGAAGCUAACAAAGCUUCCGGCGAGAAAAAUACGAGAGAACUCUUGAGAGGCUGCGAUGUCGGUAGUCUAUGAAUCAUCAUAAAACAUAAACUUUCCCAUGCAUCAUUAUUCUCUUUUCCCGAUACCAUAGCCCCCUCUCAGUUACCUACGUUGUCGUCGCCAAAAGUGCACGGCACCUACCCGCCCGAUCAAGAUGCCGAUAUCCUGGCCUUCCUUCUCGCCCCGGCUCGUCUACGAGAAGGGACCCCUCAAAGCCAUCCCCUUUCCUGCCAUCCGACUCAUCAGCAUCCUCGUGGUCAUCAACCUGUUGGUCUGGGCUGGUGUAGCCGUUGUCUUGCACUACUUCCCUAAGCUUAUCUCGCCGGCUGUUUUAUCCUACACCCUCGGUCUUCGUCAUGCCCUCGAUGCGGAUCACAUCAGCGCCAUUGACCUCAUGACCCGGAGGCUGAUCGCCUCUGGUCAACGCCCUGUCGCCGUGGGAACGUUUUUCAGCUUGGGGCACUCAACGAUUGUCAUUGUCACUUGCAUCGCGCUCGCGGCCACAGCCGGUGCUGUCAGAGACAAAUUCGAUGACUUUGAGCGCAUCGGUGGUAUCAUCGGGACGAGUGUGUCCGGGACGUUCCUGUUGAUUCUGUGCAUUGCCAACGGGUGGAUUCUUUACCGUUUGGUUCAAAGGCUGAAGCAAGUCCUCGCUGAACAGAGAGCGGCGAGGCUGGCUCCGGACUAUGACUCGGAUGCGGAGGCCAACGCUGAUCCCAUUGGCGACCAGAUGGGGCUUGAGGGGAUGGGGUUCUUGUCGAAUGUCUUCAGGGGUGUGUUCAAGGCUGUUGACAGACCAUGGAAGAUGCUGCCUUUGGGAAUGCUCUUUGGGCUUGGCUUUGAUACCAGUUCCGAGAUUGCCAUUCUCGGAAUUGCCAGCAUUCAGGCUGCCCAGGGGACGAGCAUUUGGGUUAUUUUGAUUUUUCCUCUUUUGUUCACAGCCGGCAUGUGCAUGGUCGACACUACCGACGGCGCUCUCAUGAUGGCCCUAUACACCAACAAGGCCUUUUCCAGAGACAUUGUCGCCAUUCUCUACUACUCCAUUGUACUUACCAGCAUCACUGUCUUUGUCUCUGCCUUCAUUGGUGUGAUCCAGUGGCUGUCCUUGAUUGACCAUGUUGCUGAACCAGAUGGAAGCUUCUGGGAUGGUGUCAGCGCCAUUGGUGACCACUACGAGAUUAUUGGCGCCAGCAUUUGCGGUCUUUUCCUUGUUGUGGGUAUUGGCUCAGUGUUGGUUUAUCGUCCAUGGAGGAGGAGAAUGGACCGGACGGUCAGUGCGCUCCCAGCACCUGAGGCGACGCCUAGUGCGAAUGCCCUUGUACCCAACCCCGAUGCGGCGGUCGACUAUGGCACGACGAACAAGCAGCCUGGAACCACCACUGUGGAGAAUGUGGAUAGGUGAUAGAGUCGUUAAAUUGAGGAACUCAUGUACGCUUGUCCACAUCAUCCUGCAUAUAUAGAACAAAAAACAUCGCC